CUUUCUCUCAUCAUGGAAUUGCCAGCAUAUUAAUCUAUAGGAUAACAGACUGUUAGGACGUCAACAGACGACCAUCUCUUUAAAGGCAAAUGUACCAGGUUUUAUUACAAAGUCAUGUUUGCUCGAUUCUACGGAGCCCUUCUUCAAGAAAUUUUAAGCCUAACAGCUUUUUCCAUAGCAAAAUUCUCAGCAUAUAGCGGUCAGUAGGCGAGCAUUGCUUUGAUAUUCCAAUUUUAUAAACACUGUUCGACUACCUACUGUACUUUCAUUUCUAUACAAGUACUGUCGUUUUAAAAUUUUGAACUCAUCAUAGCUAACAUUGAAUUUAAAAAAGCUACAACUUUUCGAAACUCAAUAAUUUUCGCAGUUUUUGUUCGUUUUUUUUCCGAUUUAAUACAUAAAAGCUUUUGUAACUAAUUCUCGCGUAACGCAACCCUCCACAUUUCGUCUCUUAUGCAAAAAAAAGAAAACCGAAUAAAUUUAUGUGAAUUUUUUUAAACUAUUUACGUCGUUCGAAAAUAAUAGAAUAAGCCCUUCAAGCGCUAUAUUUUUUUUAAACCCAAUUUUACAUUACGAAGAAAAGAACAGAAGGGUAAGAAACGCAAAGCAACGAAAGUAAGAUGGCUUUCUACACCUCACGAGUGGAUGACGAUGGUAAUGAGCUGGAAAGGCGACCACCGGCACGCAACUUGACGUCGUCAAUCACUGACAGCACUGCUAGAUCAAACCUCAGUUCACGCAGCUGCGAAAUCAAAGGCAACGUGCGAUAUGUUAAUGCGGCCGCCUACAUUGAGAAGAGUGGCGAGACGGAAAGAACGCUUGGUGCUGGUCAGAAAAGCAUUCGUAGUAAGGGCCCAGCGAGUUCGGAAACUGAAAGUGAUAUCGUGCCACCUUUGGACUUGCAGUCGGAAAACAAUUGUCCUGCUGCACGGGAUUACAAGUUUUCCUACCGCAACCAUUGCGAACCGGCCGAGAUAGUUUUUAAACCGGACAGUGCGUACGAGACUUGGCUAUCUGCCAAAAGAAAGCUUCUAACUGAUACGACUUCCAAGAAGAAAAAAGCCGAACAACAAAAAAGACAGGAAAUAGAAGAACGUAAGCAUUUAGCUCGUCAACCAAGAACCCAACCAUCACAACAUUUAUCGAUGCAACAAAUCAUUUCGAAACAAACGAUCAAAUCGUCCUCAACCCAUUCCGAUUUGUCGGAGAAGCCAACAUGUUCCCAAUUGAGAGAAGCAGAAUUUAAAGCCCGUAUAGUAGAAUGGGAGAAAGGCAUACGUGCGCAGGAAGACAGUCGUCGAGCAAUCAAACGCCAAGAAGAAGAGAAGCGCCGGGAAAUUGAAGAACAGCGAAGACAUAUGGCUGCUGGUGCAUGGGAGAAAUGGUUAUCGGAGGCAGCGGAGAAGCCCAAGCCCGUGCCCUUAAAUCGUGGUAUUUUUACGUUACGUGAAUUUACAUAAAUCCCACUGAAUGACAGCCUAUUACUUCUCAUCACAGAAGAAAAUUGACUUAUGUGCUUUCAUACAUUGUUUAUAGUAGCGUUUUUAACGC